AUGGCGCCCAGUCUGCUGUCCAUCAAGUCUAUCAGACGACGAUCCAAGGCCAGCUUCAAGACCGAGAAGUCCUCUACCGAUGUGGCCACCGACGCCUCGAGCGACGCAAGCAACGGGCGCACACCCACCAGCGGAUCGCUGACGCCUCCCUCUGGCGCCCCCUCGGUUGCAGGACAGUCCGACAUUGCACUGAACCAUCAGUUGUCCAAGGAGAAGUUGAGCGAGUCACCCAAUGACACACCCGCGGUCCCUCCUAUUCCAUACCUGCGACCGCCAUUGCGGACGGCGACAAAUAACAGCAAUCGAUACAGCGUGUCUGGCAUGACGGGAUUGGGCUCGCCGCCGACAAGUGGACGAGGGCCGCAGCCACAAUUGCCCGUCUCGCCUUAUGCGCCGCAGAUCGAGAACAUACGGCAUGGUGCUUGGGUUUCGCAGAAGGUGCUCAUCAUAACGGGCACGGUCGGGGCGGGAGUUGGACGAUCGAUUGAUGGAGAAGUGACCGUGUCACGGUCGGACGAUGACUACCCGCCAGUGUCAUGGCCAGUCCGCGACUGCCGCUUCAAGGCGUUGGUCUAUCUGCAGUCUGGCGUGAAUAAGCUCCGGUUUGAUUUCUUCAGCCCCAAGCUUGCGAACAGCGGGACCUCGAACCCGAUCCACUCGACGCAGCUCACCAUCAACUCGUUGCCACCCUCGUCAUCCCCGCCUCUACAGCUGGCGAUCCUGGUGGCCAAGGAUUCUCCCGAGACCUUCGAUGCGCCCCCUGAACGAGCCAAGAGGGAGGGCAACGACCUGGACGUUGCCAUUCGAAAGUUCCGCAUGGCUGCUUACCUCUGGCAGGCAUUCACGGCCGAGCAGAUGUUUCGUAACAAGUUUGGGCGUCGCACUUUUAGAUUUGAAGAGGAGUGGACUCAGGGCACCACCUGCGCGAGGGACCACGAGAGCGGGAGGCUCAGGAACGAGGCGCGCAUCCACAUCAUCCGGAUGGACAAGACAGUGGCCGAGAUCAGGAACCUGGACAUCGCACAGCAGAACCAGAAGGCCGCUGACAAGGGUGGGCUGUUUCCGAUGGCGGCAGAGGCGGUUAGGAAGUACUUCAACCUGCGGCCGGGACAGGAGCAAUAUGUUUCCUGCAUGUACCUGGACAGCCACUGGGACCCCAACGACCAGAUGAUCCAGGGCCAUGCCGCGCUGGGCAGCUCCAGCGGAGACCUGAAGCUGGCCAUCUUCGGCUCUCAUGCUCUGCACAGCUAUCCCACAAAGCUGGAGGAGGUCGUCCCGGCGUUCACGGACUGUACCCCUACCGACACAAAACACGUCGCUAAUGAUUGUAACGAGGCGGGCAGCUCCUGGGAGAACGCCAAUAUUGGCAUUGGCGCUCAUCUGCACGAGACGGGCCAUCUGUUUGGCUGCCCCCACCAGGCGAACGGUGUGAUGCUGCGUGACUACGUCAACCUGCACAGGUCCUUCCUGAGCCACGAGGCAUAUUCUACGAGGACCAAGUCCAAGGGCGGCCCUGUCACCCAGGCAGACGAGUGCACCUGGCACCGUCUCGACUGUCUGCGCUUCCGCAGCCACCCGUGCUUCGCGCUUCCUCAUGACCCCCCGCGACACCCCGAUGACACAGUCCACGCCUGGCCGGUCGAGGACGGCAAGGUCGCCGUGACUGCCCCUUCUGGCAUUUCUUUUAUCGAGAUCUACGGCGAGGGCGAGGACCUGUGCACAACAUGGAUGGAGUGUCCAGGGCUUCUCGAGGAGAACCAGGUCAAGCGACAGAUCAUGCUGACGGAGGACGAACUGCGCAAGCGCCUUCCUGAGGACAAGCGCAAGGGCAAGAUCCGGCUUAGCAUCAAGUCGCACGGUGGCGGCGGGCUGGAUGUGGACGACGUGCGGGCGCUGUGCGGCAAGGAGAGUAAGCUAAGCGUCGGCAAGCCUGUGACGGGCUGGACCGGCUUCCGCGGCAAGAAGCUCGGACUCUCCAAACUUGAGGGCUCCCAGCCCGUCGAGUUCGUGUUCACGAGUGCCACGCGGCAGGAUAGGGUGCUCAGUAAGGUGGCGGUGUACCACGGUGCAGCACUGGACGGUAUCGAGUUUAUCUACGAUGAUGACUCGAAGCAGGUCUUCGGAAAGGCGCCGCCCAACGUUAAUGUGGGCGUGUUCGAUCUGGAUGUCCGCAAGGGCGAGUACAUCUCCGGCUUUGUGGUGCGAUCAGGAGCCUGGAUCGACGGCAUCCAGAUCUUGACUUCUUUGGGCAACCGCUCGCCUUUCUUUGGAAACAGGAACGGCGGCAGUUCUCACACCCUCAUUCCCCCCUACGGCUACAAUAUCUGUGGUGUAUGGGGUUCUUGCGGCUCGUGGGUCGACGGCUUCUCGGUUAUUAUCCGGAAGUGAGCAGAUUGAACCCAUCAGAGAGCAUUAUGAACUCGCAACACAUGUGGCACAGUUCAUGUACAAACUUGUCGAAGCGACAAUCCCACCCUUUUCUUGCGACGAACCGAGGGACACACCACUACUCGCCUGCAAACAAGCGCACCUCUUUUUUUUCUUUUGCAUUUUUAGGGAACGGACUAUGCAGGCAGGUAGGCAUGAGGGCGACUCAAAGACUAAGCAACGAUACUCCCUUGAGAGAAAUGGGGAACAAGGCAUCGGCAUAUUCUCUUAUGACAUUCUUAAUGGCUAAUUAGCACCAGCCUCUCUUUCUCUCUACCUGUUGAGGCUGGCCUUGGUUAUUCCUUUCAUCAACACCUGGUUGGAGAUAUCUCAUAGGAUUUUUUCAUGGUGGCUUUAGGAUAGCCUUCUCAGAAUCCGGGCUCUGUGGUUCAGUAUUUACCCAGGGUCACGAUUGGGCUUUCCAACCUCUGGCAUGCAGACAGCUCCAUAUUUGUCCCGUCCUCGGUGGAUAGAAGAAGCUGCUAUUCGUUCCUUGGGGUAUCGUCGAAGGGGGAAUGGGAAACAUACGCGGAAGAAAGGUCGGGGAGUUUUGGUCGUGUCGUCUUGUCUUGCCCAUUUGUAUAGAGCGCGCGCACACACACACACACACACACACACACAUGUCACAGUCUUAGCAACCUUUGGAUGAAGGACGACCUGGACUUGUUGAAUAUGAAAUAAUACCAGGUUCUCAU